AUGAAUUCCAAGAUCAUUUUAUUUUCCAUCACCUUUCUGUUCAGUAGUGCUGCGGCCAUUGACAUCUUGCCCCACACUGACAACCCUAAAAAUACAAAUUCUGCCUCUGGCAAUUCAAUUCUUGCAAGUUCUAGUCCGGCCAAGUCCCCUGCUGCUAGCCCGACCAAGUCCCUUGCUGUUAGCCCGGCCAAGUCUCUCACUGCUAGCCUGGCCAAGUCUCUCGCUGCUAGCCCGGCCAAGGCCCCCGCUGCAAGCCCGACCACCACCCCUCCUGCAAGCCCGACCACCACCCCUCCUGCUAGCCCGACCAACACCCCUCCUGCUAGCCCGACCAACACCCCUCCCGCUAGCCCGACAAACACCCCUCCCGCUAGCUCCACCAACACCCCUCCCGCUAGCUCCACCAACACCCCUCCCGCUAGCUCAACCAACACCCCUCCCGCUAGCUCGACCAAAACACCUCCUGCUAGCCCGGCCACGUCUGCAGCACCUAGCCCAAGGAAGAUGUUGUCCCCUCCAACAGCACCUCCAUCAAAUACUAACACACCUACUGCAGGAUCAGUUUCCAAUGAACCUGCACCAGCUUCGGAUGCCCCAACACAGGACGAUUCCAGUGUUGGUACAGCUUUGGGUGUUAGUGCAGGUAUUCUAGCAGCAACAGUCUCCUCAAAUCUAUUCCUCAUGUUGAUGGCUUGACGGGAGGAAAUAUAUAUUAUAUCCCAAUAAUGUGUGUAGACGAAAUUAUUUUGAAUUUGAUGAUUCAUACAUUUCAGUCAUGUAAAACUUCGAUUCCAAUGAACCAUGGUUUUACUUUGAAAAAA